UUCAUUGGAAUUAGAACAUCACAGAAAAACAGGGAAUUUGACAGUUGCCCAGAUCAUUGUUAUUCAAAAACAUUUCAAGUUCAAGACGUCUGGGCCUGGGCUGUGCCAUGGGGCGGAUCUUCCUAGACCAUAUCGGCGGAACACGCCUUUUCUCCUGCGCCAACUGUGACACCAUCCUGACCAACCGCUCUGAGCUCAUCUCCACACGCUUCACUGGAGCCACUGGCAGAGCCUUCCUCUUCAACAAGGUGGUAAACCUGCAGUACAGCGAGGUGCAGGAUCGUGUAAUGCUGACAGGGAGACACAUGGUACGGGAUGUCAGUUGCAAAAACUGCAACAGCAAAUUGGGGUGGAUCUACGAGUUUGCCACAGAGGACAGUCAGCGUUACAAAGAGGGACGUGUCAUCCUGGAGAGAGCGCUGGUGAGAGAGAGCGAGGGUUUUGAGGAGCACUUGCCCUCCGACACCUCCUGAACUCCUCAUUGACUCUGCAGGACUGCUGACUCAUGCUGUGUCUCUCCUCCUGAACUCCUCAUUGACUCUCUGCAGGAGCAAUGACUUGCCUCCUGGCUAAGCUUGUCACCACAAUGAAGUUACUGUUAUAUCUGGAGAAAUAUACAUACACCUGUUGACCAAUGCAGCCAUUACCCACUGCAUAAUCUAUAGUUUACUGAAUGAUCCAAGACAAGUACUAGAUUAAAGCUUCAAUGAUACCAGCAACUAUAGUCAUCUAAACCAGACCUAUUCGAAAACAGCCAAGUAAAUAUGUAAUUCCUCCUUCAGGCAACUGAUCAAACCAUUAACACAGCAAUAAGCCAGUCACAGCUUGCCAGAUGAUUUUGGUUUCCUCACUUAGCGUAACUCUUUUUAAACACACAGACAGAACAUGCUGUUCAACUGUGUGUGUCACAGUCUGUUUUCUCACUAGGCUGUGAUAUGUCCUUUCCUUUUCUUGUUUAAUGUGUACUUUGCUGACACUUUAAUGAAGGCAGAGUGGAGCUCAGUGAUGAAUGAUGCCAGAUUUUGGCAGUGAGGAAUGUUGUCUUUUCACUGUCUGUAUCUGAUGUUAGCACAGCCAAAACAUGCACACCUUACAUGUUUGCACAUGGAACACAGUGUCAGAAAAAAAAAGUUUGUGUGUGUUUUUGUUGUAAAAAAAAUGCUUUUAGUUGACAGCUUGGGGCUGUAUGCUAAGAACCAAUCAUUCUAAUGGGGAUAUUUGGUAUGAUCAUUUUAAAAUCUUUUUGUUAUCUGAAAACCACGAUAUGGUUUGAUGGAGAUGAAGAAAUAUUUUGUUAACAUGUUCUCUCAGUAGUGUAACAGAGGGAAAAUUUAGGGCAAAUUUUGUUCACGGGCUUUGCUCAUUCCAACUCAGUCUGGUGGAAACACGCUGCUGCGAUGCUGAUAUAAAGCUCUACUUUUUGUAACAUCCUCCUGACCAAAUCUUUGUCAUUAUCAUUUUUAAUGUCAGGAGCAGUCAACCAAUUUUUCUUCCUGUCUGCCAGGCCCCUUCUAGAUGUGUGUACAUACAGGUAAUCACUUUAUGAUCAUUACAUAUUGAAUGUUAAUUGUUCUAUUAUGAUUGGUUGUUACCACAAUUACGGUAUUUUCUCAUUUUAAAAUGUUAGUCGUUUACAUUUUUGAACCAUUAUCUUGAUAUCUGUAUUUUCCUCAGUAUGUACAUAUUAUGUUAUAUUGUUG